AUGAAAUUUGAAUACAAUUCAGAGGAAGUGCCUCAAAGGGUAAUCGAGGUGUUCAAGCGGUUUUGCUUGCAUUCGAGCAAAGAUGGCCAUCAAAAGGAUGUCGGAACAGUGUUUGAGUCCUUGCCUGAGAAGUUGAAGAUUAAUAUCACGACAAACCAGCCGGUAACCAUGGUCUUACCUGCAUUUCCAUGGAAGAGCCCGAACCAGGACAAAGUGCUAGGAGAUGGGGCUGAUCUAGGAGAAGAAUUAGGUCUGGCAAAGUUGAAUCAUCUGUGCGAGGAGAUCUCAAAGGUCUACCCUUACGGCGCGCGACUAAUCCUUAUUUGUGAUGGGCCAGUGUAUAAUGACUUGGUCGGCGUUCCCGACGACAAAUAUUACGACUAUGGCAUGGAGCUGCGAAAAAUCGCCCAAGAGAAACACUUUUCUUCUAUCCAAUUCAUCCGGCUUACAAAUUUGCUGCGGUUAGGAGAUGGCGAGAAAAUUCCCAAGGCAGAUUACCUACAUCUUGUCCCCGCCUGCAGGGAGAAACUGAUGUCACCCACAUACUUCGAUCCGAGAUUUGACAUUGAUCAUGAGUUGGAGACAAAUCCAGAUACCAAGACAACAUACGAGAGCUAUUUUAGUCGCAUCUCAGAGGAUAUAAAAUGGGCCAAAGGUUUUGACCCUCUUCUCGCGGCCGACCCGGCGCUCUACGCGGUUGAGGUGUCCAAGAGGACGAAAACCAUGAUCAACCGGCUCAUCGCAUAUGAAGCCGUCAUUAACGCCACUCUUGGAAAACACAUCCGUCUUUCGAUUCACCCUUCAUUAGGGCGAAAUAAGAUCUCCAUUCCCCUGCUACGGCAAGGUGACCUGUUUGGUGAUAUGCCAUGGCAUGCAAGUGUGGUAGUGUUGCCAAAUGGGGAAAUCAAGACUGGGAACUCUCGAGAAUUUCGCAAAAUCUAUGAGGUCGUCAUGAGGCAUGGCCGGCCCUAUUACUUUAGAGAGCGGAACCCGGUAUAUGAAUGGGAAGCAACGGUGGAGUUUCAGCAUGACUACGACGGGUUAAUUGUGAAGAACCGUUGUCAGAACACUCAGACGCUUGGUAGAGAUGACCGCUUGAAGCUAGCUCGUUUGAUUAUACAGUAUCAGACCAAGUCGGUUCGUGUGGAGGGCUUUGAGGUGCCAAAUGACGUGUGA